UCUACGAUUCUUAUUAUUGUUUGGGGUUUUUGCUAUCACGUUAAUUUUGUAUUUUGUGAAACCAAAAGUUGAAGAAGUUCCCUCACCAAUAUUUGUCAAUGUUCCAACAACCUCUACGACCAAACCAAUCUUCGGCAUAGAAAACUUCACUGAAUACAUUCCUGGUCAUCUUCCUUUGAUCAUUACAAUCCCACAUGGUGGUCAUUUAUUUCCACCUUAUAUACCCGAUAGAGUAAAUAAUUUUCCCGGAGUCGUAAAAUCCAAUGAUAUCAAUACACAGGAAAUUGGUAAAGCUGUGGUAGAAUUACUAGGCACGAAAUUGAAGGGGCGGAAACCUCAUGUGAUUAUCAAUCAUCUCGGAAGAAGCAAGAUUGACGUAAACAGACCCUUGAAAGAAGGUGCCGAAGGGAAUGAAACAGAACCUUCUUUGACGCAGCUAGCCUGGAAGGAUUAUCAUACCUUUGUGGCCAUGGCUAUUAAAGAAGUUGAAGAGAUAUUUGGUCGUGGUCUCUUGAUUGAUAUACAUGGACAUGGGCAUCCAAACAAUUAUAUAGAGAUAGGAUACGUUCUUUCAUCAGAAGUACUUUCCUAUCCUGCCAAAGUUAUUAAUGGUGAUCCCUCGAUUCCAUCGGAAUCUAGUAUACGAGCUCUUUAUGCUCGCAAAUCGGGAACAGUUAGUUUUGAUGAACUUUUACGUGGCGAAACGACUUCACUUGGCGGAAAAUUACAGUCUUUAGGAUAUGACACG